CAGGUUUGCUUGCAGUUUGCUUCAACAAGGCAUGAAGCAGAUCUGUAUAACUACUCCAGUUUCGGACUCUGUAGCCACUGAUGUCAAACAGUAGUGGUGGAGAAGUGCCUUGGUCCGAAAUGUUUGGCACAUUUGCUCUAUCAGUGGGAGCUGCUGUGGGUAUGGAGUUUUGGGCUAGAUGGGCUCAUGAGGCUCUCUGGCAUGCUUCCUUGUGGCACAUGCAUGAGUCCCACCAUCGACCAAGAGAAGGACCCUUCGAGCUUAACGAUGUAUUCGCAAUAAUCAAUGUUGUCCCUGCCAUCGCUCUCCUUGCCUAUGGUUUCUUUCAUAAGGGAUUGGUCCCUGGCCUCUACUUCGGUGCGGAUCUCUAAAAGGGAAAGAUGACAGUGCAACAAAAUCAUCAAAGGGAAGGAAGGUUCAGUUUUCUAAAGAAGUUUAGCUUCUUUAUUCUAUUAGCUUCGUACUGGUUGUCAGUGGAGUAUGCAAGUACUAGAGCUUCUAUGUGAUGCGGUUCAUUUUUUGAGUGAUCUGAACCUUUUGUUCUCCUGUUGUAGAUCAUUUGACAAGGGACUGCAGUAUGCCAAAAAUAAUAGCAAGUAUACAAAUCCGCAGUCUACUAGACGUGUUCUUGAACCUCUUGCAAAAUGUGGUCUCACUGACAGUGAGGUUGUUCUGUCAUUACUUGCUUAAAAGGUUUAUGCUAUAGCUAUGCUUAUAAAAAAGGU